CCCUCCCGACGUCCUAUCUUCUUCCGGGUCAUGACCUUCUUCUCUCCCUUUGGUGAAGCGCGGCUGUUGCUGGGGCCCGGCUCUUUUUCCUGACGGAGUUUUCUUCUCCCCGGGAUUGGAGUAAAGGCGAGGUCCAGACUCCAAGAGAAACAUGUUUCACCUGGCAAUAACAAUAAUUAGAAUAAUUUCCUUGUUGUUUUGGGGAUUUGUCAAAGAUGAACUCAGACGAUUACAUGUCUUGGAGUGGAGCUAACUUGUCUCCUCACCUGCACAGUGAAGAAUGUAACGUAGUUAUCAGUCUGCUCAAAGAGUGUCACAAGGAGCACAACUUUUUGAGAUUUUUUGGCCACUGCAAUGACCUUGACCGUGAGAUGCGGAAAUGCUUAAAGAAGGAGUACCAAGAAAACCGAGCCAAGAGCAGGGCACAUGCUGAAGAGAUGCGGCAGAGGCUCACUAAUGCUUCAAAACACUCUGAGAGCUGACCAAUGUUGCAGCUGGAUAGCUAUACAUCAUAUGGACAUUUGGCUGAAAGCUGAAGGAACAUAUCUUGUUUUGGCUUCUAUGCACUUGGAUAUAAAAAGCUAUUUACUCAACUGCUAAUGUUUGUAAUAAAAAUUGCUGAAGUUUACACUUAUUGCUGACAAGAUACUUUAAUUGUUUGGCGAGAGAUUUAGUGGAAUAUAACUGAUAUUUCUAGGGUUGCCAUAGUGCAAACAAUACUUAUAGUUGAGAGGAAAACAGGGUUAAAUAAAAAUAAUAAGCAUGUUCUGUUGUUGGGCUCCUAAUACAAGACAAGUUAUAAGCUGGGACCUUUAAGUAAAAUAAACUGGACAAAAAAUCUUAA